AUGCUGCUUAAAAAGGGGCCACCGGUGCCUCCUCCACCAAAGGUCACACCAACCAAGGAGGUGGCAGAGGAACAGAUCAUCGACCUCUUUGGUGGAGAAUUUUUACCUGCUCCUUCGCCAUCACAGCCCAAUGAACGGCCCGGCGAAUCUCUUCUUGAUCUGGACUUUGAUGCUUUUCAACCAGAUGAAAGCGUUUCACCAGUACCACAGACUGCUGUACCAUGGGACAUGUGGUCGGCAAAUACUCAAGCUGCUCAGCCUGCUGCAGAUACCGGCUUUGUCGCUGACUGGUCUGCUGAUUUUGGUUCAGUGUCAGCCAACGGAGAAGAUGCUUCAGGAGCUGAGGAACCUGCUAUCCCUGGAGGUCCGACUGUGGGGCAGGAAGGGGCACAAGAAGGGGUGCAGGGUGAGACUCGGGGCUGGCCCCAGGGAGAAGGGAUUCAGCCAGGUGGAGAAUCAACAGCAAUCACCCGGGACAGUGAAAUCACACCAGCUGAAGAUGAGGAUCCAUCAUUUUUCGCAGAUUUUGAUAAGAUGAAUGAAGGAAACAGUGAAUCAAAUGACGCUCUGGAAGCUGCAGAGGCCCAAGCUGCAGGCUCAAGAGAGCCUGCAGCAGAAGACAAACCUCCAUCUCUCACUACUGGAGGAGAGCAAGAUGAGUGCCCACCUCUUUUUGCUGGAGAGGAACCUGUAUCUUCAACUGCAGAAGCAGAGAUGGAGGAACCUCCAGCUCCCCCUGCUGGUGAGGUGGAAGAAUCUGGAGCUGCUCCAGCUGGUCAGGACGAUACAGACACACAUUCAGACAGCCUGAAGGAGGAAAAGCCUGCUUCAACAGUGGUAUCUCCAGGCACAGAACAGGCAGAGGUCAGUGAGAUUGCUUCUGCUGAACAGGCCAAAACUUCUCCCAGUGAAGCAGCUUCAUCGGAAAAUAUGCCAAUCCCUUCUGUUGUGAUUGAGCCUGCCUCAAGUAACGAAGGUGAUGAUGACCGAGAUGCUGACAUCAUCUCUCCCACUGCAAUCAGUGACAAUGGGGUGACAACUGAAAACCAGAACAUCAAGCAUAUCAGUCCUUCUGGGGGAGCGUCUGGACUUCCUGAUGAUUUCCUUUACAAGGUGGAGACCAUACACGACUUUGAGGCUGCAAAUUCAGAUGAACUUGACCUGAAGAGAGGCGAUGUGGUUUUGGUGGUUCCCACUGCCUCAGUGGAAGAUCAGGAUGCUGGCUGGCUCACAGGGAUCAAGGAAAGCGACUGGUUAACAUUUGGAGCUGGUGCUCAAAAAGGACUUUUCCCAGAAAACUUUACUCAACAUUUGGAGUAAGAUGUUCCCUGACAUGGCAAAAUGAUAAGUAGAAACAUGAGUAAUCUGUGUCCCAGCCAUUGAAUCAGCAUGUAGCCAUUCCUUUUCUUGUACGUUGUACCUGCUGCAGCUGUCUGCUGGACAAACAAUAAAGUUUCUCUGGCAGGUGAAACUGUACUAAAAUUAAAUGUUAUUGUUAAAAAAAAAAGGAAAAAAAGAAGAGAGAGAGUAGUACUCUUCCGAGUUCCCCUGAUGAUUUAAGCAUGGUGUGGUAGUAUGUUCCACCCUCCUGUGGAAGUAAGAUAUGCCUUUUGUUUAAAUAGAAAUUAUAUAUAAAACAAUAAUAACUCAACAACAAAAAGCUUGAAGUGAC